UCGACGUGUGCGAUAUCGGUGUGCGGUAUAUGGUACGGAUAUUUUUUUAAGGUUCUUCACGCGUAGUGACUUAGUUUUCUAAUUUAGUGUACCUAUGUCUCAAUUGCUUUGCAAGGAACAUAUAUCAAUCAACAGUUACAAGAAGUUAUGAGAAAAAAAGAUCCAGUAAGAUGUCGAAUUUCGCUAGCGCAGAGAAAGCAGCCAUAAAUCCACCGACCGACACGAACUCCACCCAACCAUCGAACGCUCACUGCUCCACGUACACCUUCCCCGAGGUGAUCCGUUCUCCGGAAGUCAGAGGUCAUCUCCGCAGCGUCAGCCAUGGAGGCGGCACCUCCUUGGGCGGCGGCAGCGGUUCGGCCGGAGUUGUCGGUCGCUCGGCGAUGAAGGGAGCGCGAGGCCACCAGAGGGCGCUGUCGCAGGGCCAGAUUUCCGACUCUGGAGGAGGGCCGAAGCCUGGCCACAGCAGGGUCGGGUCCAAGACAGAUUUCAUUCUUCCACCUGGUUACAAGGAGCUGGAAAAUGCCAACGGGCCGGCGCCGAGGAGUUCGGCGAAGGGACACUCGAGGCAGGCCUCCAGGUCGGAGUCGAUCUACACCCUGAGGAGGACGGCGCCGCCGCCCCUCUGGAGGAGGAUACUGUGCGCCCUGAUCCGGCGCUCCCCCAAGAACGAGCAGGAGGAGCGGUACCGCACGGUCGUUCCGAAUCACACGGUGCCCCCUAAAACGCCCCGCAAGGAGCACCCGAACGGCAGGCGGCCGGACAACAAAAUCAGGACUACCAAGUACACGCUGUUGUCCUUCCUGCCCAGGAACCUGCUCGAGCAGUUCCACAGGGUGGCCAACCUGUAUUUUAUCUUUAUAGUGUUGCUCAACUGGCUGCCGGCCAUAAACGCGUUCGGUAAAGAGGUGGCCAUGAUCCCGGUAAUGUUCGUGCUCGGUGUUACGGCUGUGAAAGACUUGUUCGAGGACCGCAGGAGGCACGCCAGCGAUAAAAGGAUUAAUAACUCCACCUGCAGGAUAUAUAACAGCGAGGCUUCCCGUUACAAAAAAGUUUUGUGGAAGGACGUGAGGGUGGGGGACUUAAUUCACCUUUCUAACAAUGAGGUGGUACCGGCAGACAUACUGCUUCUGCGAUCCAGUGAUCCCAACGGGCUGUGUUAUAUCGAUACAGGCCAUUUAGAUGGCGAAACUAAUCUCAAACAGAGACAAGUGGCAAGAGGAUUUUUAGAAAAGCAACAUUUUUUUGAACCUAGUAAAUUCCGGAGUUCGAUUGAAGUAGAAGCUCCGACAACCAAAAUUUAUAGGUUCCACGGUGCAAUAGUUCAUCCCUCGGGUGCACGGGUGCCUGUAGGGUCCGAUAAUUUACUAUUAAGGGAGUGCCUUUUGAAAAAUACCGAUUUUGUGGAAGGAAUUGUAGUUUAUGCAGGUCAUGAAACUAAAGCUAUGCUAAACAAUGGCGGACCACGAUACAAACGAUCGUCCCUAGAAAAACAAAUGAAUCAAGAUGUGAUUUGGUGUGUUUUUAUAUUAAUAUUUCUUUGUGUGCUCGGCGCAAUCGGGUGUAAAGUAUGGUUGAGCUUUUUUGAAAAUCUACCGCCGCCCUUUCAAGAAAACCACGAGACUACUGAAGCCAUAUUAGCAUUUUGGAUAUUUGUUAUUAUUUUACAGAUUAUGAUUCCUCUAUCGCUUUACGUGACUUUGGAGAUGUGCAAAAUCAUCCAAGUAUACCACAUCCAUCACAACGUUGAUCUCUACGACCCCGUAAUGGAUAAAAGAACUGAAUGUCGUGCCUUAAAUAUCACGGAGGAACUCGGUCAAAUACAGUACAUAUUCUCUGACAAAACGGGAACUCUGACUGAAAAUCGAAUGAUAUUUCGCCGAUGUGCCAUCGCUGGCGUUGAUUACGAUCAUCCCACUAUGGAAGAUGAGGGUAACAAUGGGAAGUUAACUAAUUUAAGCGUGGUCGUCAACUCCAAUUUAGUCAGUGAUCUCCACCAAGAAGGCACAGUGUCGGAAAAUAUCUUCAGCACUCGCCCCACUCAUUCUGCGAGAAUUCACGAAUUUUUGCUGCUGCUGGCACUCUGCAAUACCGUAGUGUGUUCUCGACAUCCGCAUUACGACAUCAUGAAUGCCAGUGGAAUCAUCGAAGAGCCAAAUCUCUUCGAGAAAACCGACCAGGCUUCGGAUGAACAGAGCUCUAGUAGUUCGACUAGUCAAUCUCUCACUGCCAAUGAUAAGUAUACUCGCCUAGAGGAAUCCCGUUCGGUGACUCCAUCGCCGCCCUUAAAUACUUACUUGCUUAAUUCUAAACGAAGUGCACACAUUCCUACGUUAUCACCGAUUGACUCUGUCGAUACAUCACCCACCUCGGAGUGUUUGCAGAACCAAACGUCAAAAACUCAGAGACCGAAAUUGUUAAACAUCCCUUCCAUUGUCUUCUUAAAGAAGAACAAUGGAAAUAAUCUGACGGAUGAGCAGAAAGUGAAGUUAAAUCAACAGAGAUCUACCACUCCUUCACCUCAUGAUAUUAAACCGAUUUAUGAAGCUGAAAGCCCCGAUGAAUUGGCUUUAGUAGACGCCGCUUACAAUUAUGGCUGUCGGUUAAUCAAACGCACACCCACUGUGGCAACAGUGGAGACGCCUUCCGAUGGGAAACUAAACUACGAAAUAUUAAACGUUCUUCCUUUCGAUUCAACUCGUAAACGGAUGAGUGUGAUUUUUAGGAAUCCCCUUACAAAUCAGAUUGUUUUAUACUGCAAAGGUGCUGAUACAACUAUGUUACCACAUUUAACACCCGUGGAAGACGAUUCCGAGCAGAAACUGAUCAUUAAUAAAACCCAACAUCACCUUAACGGCUAUGCGAGAGAGGGCUUAAGAGUCCUCGUCAUGGCGAAGAGGGUUAUUACUCAACACCAGUAUGACGAAUGGUACAGGAAACAUCAAGAGGCUGAGCUGUCUUCAGAUAACCUUGAGAGAAAAUUACGAGAUAGUUACUCCAGUAUCGAAUGCAACUUAACACUAUUAGGAACAACAGGAAUUGAGGACAGACUGCAAGAAGGCGUACCGGAAACUCUCUCUGCACUGCUUGCGGCCGGUAUAGUUGUGUGGGUGCUCACCGGGGACAAACCCGAGACCGCUAUAAAUAUCGCUUACUCGGCCAAACUGUUCUCCCCGCAGAUGGAAUUACUGAAGCUUAUGGCGAGGUCGAAAGAGGCCGCCGAAACCACCAUUCACUGUUAUCUGGCGGAGAUAGAGAGACAGAUUAAAGAUGAAGCGGAUGCGGACGAUAACAGACCGUCAACUAGUGCAAUCGAUGAUUAUAAUUAUUCACGAACGCCUCAGAGAAACAAGACUAGAGCGUUGGCCGUCGACGGCAAGACCCUCACCUUCAUCCUGGACAAAAGGGCGAAUUUGACCAAACCUUUCUUGAAAUUGUCUACGUACUGCAACUCGGUGCUGUGUUGUAGGGCGACGCCCCUGCAGAAGGCUUAUAUAGUGAGGGUAGUUAAGGAAGAACUGAAAAUGAGAACUUUGGCGAUAGGUGACGGGGCCAACGAUGUUUCUAUGAUUCAGACGGCGGAUGUAGGGAUCGGAAUAUCCGGUCAAGAGGGGAUGCAAGCUGUGAUGGCCGCAGAUUUCGCUAUAUCUCGGUUUAAAUAUUUGGAAACGUUCCUCUUGGUGCACGGACAUUGGAGUUACGACCGUCUUUCCAGGAUGGUUCUGUACUUCUUUUAUAAAAACGCUGCUUUUGUGUUCCUUUGCUUCUGGUAUCAAUUAUUUUGUGGGUUUUCCGGCACCGUUAUGAUUGACCAGAUGUAUCUUAUGUUGUAUAAUUUAUUGUUCACUUCUCUGCCGCCGCUAGCUAUAGGUGUUUACGAUCAAGACGCUCCGGCCCACGUUCUUCUGGAGAAACCGUAUUUAUACAGAAGGGGCCGUCUGGGCAAAGUCUACAGAUCGUACUCCUUUUGGCUCACGAUGUUGGACGCCUUCUAUCAAAGUACGUGCAUAUUGUUCCUCUGCCAGCUGGCAUAUAAUGACACAGACAUAGAUAUGUUUGAAUUCGGUACAACAGCUACUACUGCCUGCAUGUUUGUUAUGCUGCUGCAUGCCGCCAUUGAAAUGCGUUCAUGGACGGUAAUACACUUGGCUUCUAUACUGUUUUCCAUUGGGGCUUUCUACCUGUACUCCAUCACUUACAAUGCAUACUGCGUGAAUUGUUUCGGACUGCCAAGUACGUACUGGACGAUACAGGUCGCUAUGGGGAGGCCGCAAUAUUGGCUGGUCACCUUGCUGUCCUGUGUCGUGGCCCUAUUACCUAGGUUAUUAUAUAGGAUUAGUCAAACGGUUUUAGCUCCAGACGAGGUCACCAGAGCGCUCAUUUAUGAACGAAGGGCUGCCAGGAGAGGUGAGAAGUUUUUGGUUUCUUGGUCUCGGUCGACAUCCUCAUCUUCCAUUUACAGAACCGGCGAUCACAGGCCUCAGCAUAACACUUUAACGGCAGUCGGAUGAAGAGAGUGAUAGUAGAAAUAUAAAGUGACCUUUUUUACCUAUCGGUAAGAAACAAUUGCAAGCUUGCAUUUUAAAUGGCUGUGAUCCAUAAUUUAAGGGACCAAUUAAGUUAAUCUUUUUAAUAUUUAUUUUUCUAGAGAUUGUGUACAAUUUUUUACUUGUUACUUUUGUUACUGAAAAAUCGCCACAAUUGUUCUACUUGUGCCAUUUUUCUUUUAAUACCUGAUGUUAUGUUUGUUUUCAUUAACUUUCGAUGUAGUGAACUUUUUUUUAUAGACUCGUUUAGUUACCAUUUCGUAUAGCAUAAUUUAUUUCUACCGAGGAAUUGCAUGUCUUGCUACCGUGUGCGUCGGAAGCAACUAAACAUAUUAAGUAACUCGUAACAUCUAAAAAUAUUUUAUCGUUUUCGUUUUCUCCCUUAUUUUAUACCCACUAACGCGAACCCAGUUUAAAUGAAUUACAGCUGUACAUCUCUAUAUAUCGUCUCAAACAGUUUGUCAAACAGAAAUGUCAUUUAACCGAACUUUACUUCCUGGUGUCCUCGUGCGCAAUAAUUUUUUACAUUUAUUGCUACUGGAAAUACAGACGACAGGUGAUAGAUAUCCAAGUUCUCAACUUAACGCAUCACGUUUUAAUAGUUUAUUGAUAGGUUAGCUUUGAAAUGGAUUCAAAGAAGAGCACAUCGAGACUUAGUAACGCUUCAGUGCCAGCAAAUUGUAGAUUUAUUUCAUAAUACAUGAUUUUCUGUUUUUCAUUAAAUAAAUUUAGUUAAUUUAUUUAAAAAUUAAAAAAAGUUU